CCGGUAGACCGCCGGGUAGCGUCCAAGCCCGGUGGUUCCUGCGUUUCCUCUGCUUUCCUCGAUCCUACCGCGCCACCAUGCCGGUGCGACGCUGGACGGCGCCGCCGCUUCUCGCCCGCGCCUUCUCCGCCGCGGCGCCGGCCGCCAGGACCACCGUGCCGCUCGCCCACCUCGCCCACCUCCCUUCCUCCCUCCCGCCGCCGUCCCACUGCACCGUCACCCCUCCCGUCCAGCCCUGGCCGCGCCGCCUCACGCCGCGGAGCUUCUCCCGCCUCAUCGUCCGCCUCCCCACGCCGGAGCUCGCCGUGCUCGCCUUCCGCCACGCGCUCUUCCACGCCAGCCCUCCCCUCCCGCCCUCCAUCCCCGUCUUCGCGGCCGUCCUCUCCCGCCUCCCCGGCGCGUCCCCGGACCUCCUCCCGCCCGUCCUCUCCGCCCUCCGCGCCGCCCGCCUCCCGGCCUUCUCCGACCGCGCAUUCCUGCCCCUCCUCCGCGCGCUCCCGCCGCUCCCCUCCCUCCGCCUCUUCCUCUCCCUCCCGUCCUUCAACUCCCACCCCUCCGUCCGCUCCUUCAACGCCCUCCUCCACUCCCUCGUCGCCGCGCGCCGCCUCCGCCUGGCCGCCGCCCUCUUCCGCGCCGCGCCCACCAAGCUCUACAUCACGCCCGACCUCGUCUCCUGCAACAUCCUGCUCAAGGGCCUCGUCCGCGUCGGCGACCUCGACGCCGCCCUCAAGGUCCUCGAUGAAAUGCCCGGGUGGGGGAUCGUCGCUGAUGUCGUCACGUACACAACCGUCCUCUCUGCAUACUGUGCCAAGGGGGAUCUCAAGGGCGCGCAGAAGCUAUUCGACGAUAUAAUCGCCAGUGGGCGUAGGCCGGAUGUUACCAUGUACACCGUGCUCAUCGACGGGUACUGCCGGACCAGGAAGAUACAGGAUGCAGCCAGGAUUAUGGAUGAGAUGGAGGCAUCUGGGAUGCAGCCGAAUGAGGUUACAUAUUCAGUUGUGAUCGAGGCAUGCUGCAAGGAGGGGAAAUCUGCCGAGGCGUGCAAUUUAACGCGCGAGAUGCUUGGGGCAGGAUACACGCCAGGCACACCACUAGCUGCUAAGGUGGUCGAUGUGCUCUGCCAGGACGGAAAGGCAGGGGAGGCGUACCAGAUGUGGAGAUGGAUGGCGAAGAAGAACGUGCCUCCUGAUAACACAAUCACGAGCACAUUGAUCUACUGGUUAUGCAAGAGUGGUAUGGCUCAGGAGGCAAGGAAGCUGUUUGACGAGCUCGAGAAGGGGUUCAAGCCAAGCCUACUGACUUACAAUUCACUUAUUUCCGGUUUAUGUGAAAAUGGGGAGUUACAGGAGGCUGGUCACGUGUGGGAUGACAUGGUUGAACGGAGAUAUGAACCAAAUGCCAUGACCUAUGAGGCCUUGAUCAAGGGAUUUUGCAAAAUUGGGAAGCCAAAUGAAGGGGUGGCAGUAUUUACAGAAAUGGUGACAAAAGGGUGCACCCCAAGCAAAUUUAUUUACCAAGUUUUAGUCGAUAGCCUGUCUGAGCCAAUGCAUGACGAUAUUGUUGGCAAAAUUCUUGAGACUGCGGCUUUAAGUGGUCCGGAUUUCUUGGAUGGUGAUUCUUGGGAAAUCUUUAUCAGGAAAGUGUUGAGUGCAAGUGAUACUUGGAACAACCAUCUAGAUUUAGUGCUAGAUACAUAACCAUAUGGUGUGCAGACCAUGGCUAAAAGCCUAAAGCUAUUUAUUGUACUCCCAGUAAACCUCAAGCUGUUUGAUGAGCUUAUUAAGAGGGUUCAUACCAAGCUUGCUGGCUUACAGCUCACUUGUUUUCAAGUUGUGUGAAACCAAAGAAUUACAAGGCUAGUCAGGCGUGGGGUUGCGUGGUUGAACUUACAAGGAUCUGUACUAAAUACCAUGACCUAUGAAGUGAAGCCUUGAUCAAGAGAUUUUGCAAGCUGAGGAAGUCAAAUGAAGGGUUCAUCCUAAGAAAUUCUUGCCAAAUUUUGGUUGAUACUUGAUAGCCUUUCUGAACCAUUAAGUGGUGUGGCGGAAUUCUUGAAACUGCAGCCUUGCUGCUGGGAUAUCUUGGAUUGCUGUUGUUGGGAAAUAUUUACGUGGAAAGUGUUAAGUAUUAUGCUGUUAUACUUUGGACAAGCAUGUCAAUUAAUUGAAUAUAUAUAACCACAAGGUGUGCAGACCGGCUGCAACCUUUUAUUUCA